GUUUCCGAUUCACGCGCCAGCUCAUGUGUGACUCGGAGCAGAGCGGAUCUCGCGCGUGAUUGGCUGAAAAAGCGCUACGUGGACACGGAGCAGCAACAGGUAGCGCGCAUGUGACCGUUAUCAUGUCAUUGUGACUGCGCCUGUCAGGACGACAACAGCGCUCAUCGCAACUCUUAUCGUGUUUAAUACUCAUCAUCUAAGUUUGGUGCACAUUUAUUUUGAGGACCUACACCGGGGUGUGGGUGAGUCCAGCAUGAAGUCCAAAGGAAAGGGGUCAAAACGGAGCAGUCAGUCUUGGGCAGAGCAGGACGACCCAGACUUUACGCUGAACUCUGAGCCGGGUUCCAGCGAGCAGGAGGGUUCAGAGGCGUCCAUGAGGCUCGGCAGGACGUGGAGAAAGGUUCACGGCGGCGCACGAGCCGGCGCGCGUCGCAGGCGACACAACGGAAGUGCCAAAGAACGCAACGUGCGCAGGCUGGAGAGCAACGAGAGGGAAAGGCAGAGGAUGCACAACCUGAACAACGCCUUUCAGGCCCUAAGGGAAAGCAUCCCUCACGUCAAAACAGACAAGAAACUGUCGAAAAUUGAGACAUUGACGCUCGCCAAGAAUUACAUUAAGUCAUUAACCACCAUCAUUUUGGGGAUGUCUAACGCCUGCCUGCCUCGCUCCGAGAAGCAGGCGGAGAGUAACGCUACUCGGCUCCUGCAGUGCUACCAGCAGCAUCUAGAAGAGGAAGGAGAUGAAGAUCUGUCCAGCUUCCUGAGCCAAAUUCACACCUUUAGCCAAGGCAGCUGACACACACUGCUAUUAAACAGACUGUGAGUGCUGAAUGAGAAGACAUUACGGUGUUAAAAUGUCCUGUAUGUCUUCAGACUAAAAGAAAGGUUGCCACUGAGCUAUAUAUGUAGUCCAUGAAUAUGCACAUUUACAUGCAUACAAAUGGCUAUAGAAUGAAACAAUCUGUGAAUAUUUUUGCCAUCCUUAUAUCAAAAUAUUCAGCCGGUAACCUGCCAAUAUGGGCUCCUAUGGGUCCAUAAAAGUGUAUGUUUAUUUUAAAUAAGAAAAAGUGCGCGUUGUGGAGCAGGUUUCAUAUUUAUUGCGGACACAAACCAUGCACAGUAAUGACACUGAAAGUUGUAGCGCGCUCAAAUAACCACUUCACUGUUGUUUUCUUUUUGUGGCAUUGUCCAAUGAGCCUAUUUGUCUACACUAAAUAGUUUAAAACCAUAAUAUCACUCUCAGAUUACAGUUGUAAAGUCCGUAGAGACGAACACAACAGAUUUGAGGUUGAAAUGGCAACGCACAGGGCGAAUUUGUUAAACAUCGGGAAUGUGUCUACAUGCUGUCACCUUUCUUUGCCUCUUUUAUGCCUAAAUUUGAUAAAGCGUUUCUUUAUGUACAGCAGUACAGCACACAAUUUAAUUUAUACAUUAGCUCACCAUGUCAUCAUUUACUCGCCCCCUUGUAAAAAGAUAUUUUGAGCAAUGUUUGUAACCAAACCGUUUUGGAGCACCAGUGACGUCUAUUUUUUCACUACUAUAGAAGUCAAUGGUGCUCCUGUUUGAUUACAAAUAUCUUUCUCUGCAUUCAGAAAUGUACACAAGUUUGGAAAAUUGGAGAAAUGAUGACAGAAUUUUCAUUUUUAAGUCCCAACAUCCAAUAUUAUAACAUAAAUAGUUAAAAUUUAUACAUCCACAUUUACAAUAACUUACUAGAACAGGAAAAUUUCAGACAAUUCAUUCCGAUAAAAACCACUCUCGAAGAUUUAGUAUAAAUACUGUUACUUUCUGAAAUUUGUGCUGCCUUUAAACAGAAUUACACCAUUUAUAUAUAUAUAUAUAUAUAUUUAUUUAUG